AUGAUCUCGAAGAAGAAGCUGGAGAAUCGCUAUGCUGAUCGUUCUGUUGCCAUCGAAAUCGCUUGCACGAGAUCAGCACGGCAACUUCGAAUUAUCCGCGAAACCUACCAAAAUGAUUACAAGAAGACAAUAGAGAAAGAUAUCGCAGUGAAGGUGGAAGGCGUUGUCGGGAAAAUGCUUACCAUGCUUCUAUGCAAGUCUAGAAAUGAUGAUGGAGUGAGAGUCGACGAUAGCUUGGUGGAAAAGCAUGCACAAAUGCUUCUUAGCAACUCCCUCGAUGAAAUCGGAAGGAAUCUCACCCUAUUUGAACAAGUGUUUGUUGGAAAUUCAUGGAAACACCUCGCAGCAGUAUUUGAUAGGGUGAGUAGCUAUACAAUCCAGACAUAAUC